AUGGAAGUAUACAAUGAAACUUCCCCUGACCUCAUGCUGGGAAUGGAUUCUAACGACAUCAACGUCAGUGACUAUGUGUAUAUGCUAAUGGCGCUAUCCAUGUUUGCCAUUUUUAUGAUGGGACUUUUAUUUAAUGCACUAUUUAUUUACAUUCUACUUUUCCAUAAUAAACUGCGUACUCGGAACAAUGUAUACAUCAUCACGCUCUGUGUGGCCAGUAUUCUCAUUAGUGUACUGGCGGUGCCUUUCGUUGGCGUUUCCGCUGUGUCACAUCAUUGGUUAUUUGGGACAAACGGAUGUCUUUUUCAUGGAUUCAUUGUGACUUGGCUUGGUUUGAUCCAAAUUUGUAUUUUAAGCGUCAUAUCAGUUGAGAAAUAUUUGAUAAUUGUGAGAAGAAAUCGUGAGGAUUUUUUGUCCUCGAAAGCAACUCUGACGUUGGUACGACGUCGACGAAAAAUUCGCUUUGCAAGUUGCAAAGACGGCACACAGACGAAGGCGAAGGAAGUUAAGGUCAUCAAAACUAUUUUUCUUCUUAUAGCUGCAUUCAUCGUCUCCUGGUUACCAUACUCGGGGCUUGUUUUCAUCACCAUGUUCUAUCCAUACAAGUCAAUACAUCCAGUGCUAGCAACAGUCCCGGCACUGUUCGCGAAAUCCUCCAUCAUCUGGAAUCCAGUCAUCUAUCUGAUGACCAAUACGACGUUCAAGCGUGCAGUCGUGAAGUUGAUACCUUGUGCAGGUGUACUUAUAUUGAUCAACAGCACGCCUAUAUUUGGAGCCGUUACAGUCAUCGCUGACGUAGGAAACGCCGACAGCAGUGAAGAUGAUUAG